AUGUUCGGGGACAAUCUGACAGAAAAGUGCGACGGCAAGGACUACAUCCCGCCGGCCUCCAAGACGGUGCGCGAUCUUGAGGUGCAGCUGGCCCUGUCCUUGAUCUUGGGCGUUGGCGCCUUUAUCGCAUUCUGCAUUCUGCGCCCGCGAUGGCCGACCUUAUAUGCUGCGCGCAAGAGGCGUCUCGAUCCGAGAUUUGGCCCGCCACCGCUGACCGACUCUUUCUUCGGAUGGAUCCCGAGGCUUUACAAGGUGUCUGAACAGCAGAUUCUGGCGUCGGCUGGACUCGAUGCGUUUGUUUUCUUGACCUUUUUCAAAAUGGCCACCCGCAUCUUUGCCAUUAUGGCCUUCUUUGCUGUUGUCGUCCUGUGGCCGAUCAACUACAGCUAUCGCAACUUUCAACCUCUGUGGGGAGGUGAUGACACGAUUCCCGACGAUGAAGACGAUAUGGACCUUUACAAGCCCAUUGGCUUGCCUCUGGGUUCCGCCUAUCUGGGCAUGGCAGGAGACGGGCUAGAGAAGGAUAGGAGUCGAGAGAGGGCGUUUCUAUGGGCCUACGUCUUUUUCACCUAUUUUUUCGUGGGAUUGACAAUCUAUUUCAUCAACAAGGAGACGUUCCGCAUCAUUGGGUAUAGGCAAGACUACCUGGGAUCGCAGUCUACCAUUACAGACCGAACGUUUCGCCUCACUGGCGUUCCAGCAGCUUUUAGAACCGAAGCGCGUAUCCGAGCCCUCAUUGAGAAGCUGGACAUCGGCAAGGUCGAAAAUGUAUCGAUUUGUCGAGAUUGGAAGGCGCUUGACAAAGUCGUGGAUGAAAGAGGCCAGAUUCUUCAUAAGCUUGAAGUCUCUUGGGCGCAAUACCGGAAACGGCAGCGAUAUUCAGCCGCGAAUGCUAGCAACCACCGAAAUGGUCAGACAGAUUCAUCUCGACACAAUUCACACAUCAGCCAAGGAGAUGAGGAGGCAGGCGAAGACUGGCGGCUCCUGGGAGACGACUCUGACCAAGCUCAUGUCACCGAGGGCGAUCGACCGCAGGUUUCACUACGAUCUGGAAUUUUUGGACUCCGAAGCCGCAGGGUCGACGCUAUUGACUAUUACGAGGAGAAGCUUCGACAGAUGGACGACAAGGUUAUCGAGGCUCGGAAGAAGGAUUACAAUACUACGGACAUGGUCCUCGUCACCAUGGACUCUGUCAUGUCCUGCCAAAUGGUCGUCCAGGCUCGGAUUGACCCACGGCCAGGGCGAUUCCUGACCAAAGCUGCGCCAUCGCCCUCUGAUAUUGUGUGGAAGAACACGUAUGAACCUCGUGGAGUGCGACGAAUCAAGGCGUGGACGAUUACUCUAUUCAUCACGAUCCUCACGCUGGUCUGGAUUUUCCCAACAGCAUUUCUUGCUUCGUGGCUUAGCGUAUGCACCAUUCAGAGGGUCGUGCCCUCCUUCUCCGAGUGGCUCGAGGACCAUGCUGUUAUUCACUCGCUAUUUCGAAACGGUCUGCCCACACUCGUGAUUUCGUUGCUCAACGUUGCUGUUCCCUACCUCUACGAAUUUCUAUCCAAUCGCCAGGGAAUGAUAUCGCACGUAGACGUGGAGUUGUCGCUCAUCUCCAAAAACUUCUUCUUCACCUUCUUCAAUACCUUCUUCGUCUUUGCUGUUUCGAGAUCGGGAUUUAACUUUUGGAGCGUGCUUCAGGACUUUCUCAAGGAUACAAGCAAGAUCCCUAGAGCUAUCGCGGCUGAUGUGGAAGACUUAUCCGUCUUCUUUAUCAGUUUUAUCAUCUUACAAGGUAUUGGCCUGAUGCCUUUCCGAAUGUUGGAGGUCGGAAGUGUCUUCCUCUUCCCAAUCAACCGCUUCCUGGCCCAAACUCCGCGAGACUAUGCGGCGCUUAAGAAGCCACCAGUGUUUCAGUACGGAUUUUAUCUGCCUACCUCGUUGCUAGUUUUCAACCUUUGCGUCAUCUAUAGCGUUUUGAGAUGGGGCUUCGCUAUCCUGAUCUUCGGAACGAUCUAUUUCUCGAUUGGGUAUUUCACAUUCAAGCACAUGCUCUUAUAUGCGAUGGACCAACCGCAGCAUGCAACUGGAGGCGCAUGGCAGAUUAUCUGCUAUCGCAUUGUCAUAGGGCUCAUCGUCUUUGAGGUUGUCAUGGUUGGGGAAAUUGCAUCUCUUGCCGCCUUUGUUCAGUCAGUGGCUAUUAUGCCUCUUAUUCCCUUUUCGAUUUGGUAUACAUAUUAUUUCAAGAGGCGAUAUAUGCCCCUGAUGAAAUACAUUGCUCUGCGAGCCAUAAGACCCGAGGAAGGCUCUGGCAACGAGGAGGCUGUGGUGGAUGAAGAAGACGAAGGCAGCACAUUGGAUGAACUUAAGGAGAGAGACAUGACAUUCACCAACCCCAGUCUCAUCGUGCCUCUACAGCAAGCGUGGGUCUACACUGACCCGCCUCCGAUUGUGAUGACCGACGAGGAGUCGGAAGAUGGCACGGCAGAAGGGUCUGAAGACCAGCCAACAUUGGUGCUGCCCAACGCAGACAGCUCUUUAGGCAUCGGGGACGACAAUGUGUGGUUGAGUACAUCAGGGCGAGAGCGAAGAUGA